AUGAUGGAUAAACCAGGCCCCUCAGCAGGCCCAGAGCCAGACCGAAACAUCGGCGACAGCAAAGAUACCGCCACUACCAUGGAAGACCAAAAUUCUGGCAGCCAUUCAGUCCCUGCCCACUACUCCGGGGAGGCCGAGGAUGCAGAUAGGUUGGCGAGGUACCUGGCAGCUGGCGGGCCCUGUUUUGUAGGCAAAUGCCAACAGCAGGCCAAGCUGACCCACCCAUUUCCCGGCAUGCACUUCGCAAUCGAUAUGCCGGCGGACAAGGACAUUUUCAAUCUCGAGGCGGACAUGCCAGAGCCGUCGGUCAAGGUCAAGCCGUUCACGUCCUUUGGGCAAGGCGACGAUGAGCCCGACUUGACUGCGGCGGUCCGGAGCAGCAAGACACAACCGGGGGUGUCAGCAAUCUGGGGUCCCGACACAUUCGUGACGACCAGCCCCGAGGUCAAGGAGAUCGUCAAGGAAUACAUCAAGGAAAUCGACGAGCAAGGGAGGGCAAUUCGACGAAAGAUUUGCAAAAAUUUGCUCAGGAACAUCAAAGAGAAGAAAAAGACCAAGACGGAAGAGGAUGGCGAGGAAGAGCAGAAGACUCGUCAGACAGAUCCAAGUUCUGUCGCAACAAGUGAGGUGGGCCGUGGAACCUCCAGCGGAGCACAGGAGAACGACAAUGGAGACAACGAGACAUCAUCCACAGUCUACACUUCGCAAGCUGGCACUGAAGUCACAGAUGGAGCUGCACAGCUCAUCCGACCGCCUCCGCCAACACCACCGGACACUGUCUUCCACUCCGCUUUGUCUAUGCCUACGCUGCCCGCCUUGCAUCAGAACUCAGAUCCCGGCUUGAUCGAAUUCUAUCGCGUCAAACGGGCGCAGAACCCUGUGGUCUUUGAUGCCGAGACUGAAGCCAUCAAGCAAAGACUGGUCGCAGCCAAAAUUGCCCGCGGAGGAAGCACUCAGUUGCUCACAAACGAAUACACUGUCGAAUUGGCCAGCCGGGAAGAUGCUGCCACCGCCGAGCGAUGGGCAACCGGAAGACAUCCAAGCUUGCUAAGUGCAGAGACCUCGCCGCAGGGCAUGUCGCCGAGAAUCGAAUCGCCGGCGGAGGAGUUUGGAAGUGAUGGAGCCUCGUUUAUGGACACUGCCAAUGGUCGUCUUCCCGGACCAGCCAUACCGGAGGCGGUUGAAAGUGGCGAAAGAGAGCAGACCGCACAAUCCUCGGUCGCAGGCCAUGCAUCCGUGGCGGAAACCAGAGCGCUCUCUCCUGAUGAGCAGGAUGAGGAGAAGAAAGAAUAUAAGGACCUUUUCACUCGUCACCCGCACCUCGACCUCGAGGCCCACGCAAGCAAGGUUGACAAAAAGCAAGCGGAUAAGGACCUCGCCGCUCGUCUCCGGCGCCUCCACAUCUACGCCUACAUAAGCAUGCGUGACAAAAAGCAAAAAGAUAGGGACCGUCCCACUCCUUUCGAGCACGAACAUAAGGAGCUUGCUGCUCGUCUCCAGAACGUCGACCUCCCCGCUCACACAACCAAGGGUAACACAUUUGGCAUGAUAGAGCAACAAAGCUUUUUCGAACACCAGGUGACUGCUACCCAUGAGAGGCGUAUUAUCACCGCAGCUGUCAAAAUCACCCAGGUCUAUGAGGCUGAACGAUCUCCUGAGAUAUCGACUGCAGAGAUUCUUACCGCCGUGAUGGAUGACUUGAAGGGACCUCGACCAUUGGUUGACCGUCGUUGUUACUGCAUUCCACCGGAAAAAAGAGCUGAGAUUCUUGCUCUCCUGGAGGAGUACGGCAGCGAGGACAAGACCGCCACAGACAAUAAUGUCUGA